AUGAUGGCAACAGCAGGUUCAGGAGCCUCCAAAAACCCCAAAUCCAGCUCCCAGCCCCCUAACAGCGGAGACCUUCGGCUGGUGGACAAGACCCUAAAACGGCUGAACAAGCUCCAUGAACUUUGCACUGACCCCCGGCUGAGUCUGAGGAACAGUCCACCAUACCUGCCUGACUUAGUAUCUGAGACAUCAAAGCUGCUUAUACUGGUUUGGGAGCCUCACAGAGGCCCCAAGGCAGCGAGUGGCCCCGUGCCCCGUGGAGAUGAGGCCAAGUACCUGAGAGUCCAUGUCAGAAACCUGUUGGAUAAGACAGACAGGGCUGUGAUGCUGUUUAAAGACGGAAGGGAGAAGAUUUUUGAAGAGACAUCCAGCUGCAGGUAAGAGGGCUGACAAGAAGAGUUAAUUAUAAGAAAAUCUUGUUGACAGUAUACCUUUAAAUUCACUUAUAUAACCCAAAGUGCCAAAUUCUGUCAGCUGUAGCUCUUAACAUUUAAGAAGCUGCAAAUAUUUGAGUAUUUUUCCAAAAUUAUUGAGUAAAACAUUAGACGCAGCCUCAGGCAUUUCAUGAGCUUUUCAUCAUCAUCACUCUGUGUUUGACUUAUUUAAAUUUGGCAUUAAAAUUGUAAUAAAAGGAUAAAUUUUGGUCAUAAUUGAAACCAGGAUUUCUAUGAAUGGAUUAAUCAAUGAAAGCUUAUUACACCUAUUUCCUGUCUUAUAAUCAAGAUGUAGAAGGAGAGAUCCGUGUCAUAUAUUUGCAGGUACCAAGAAACUACUAUAAAGUGAUUUAAUUGAAUUAACAUAAUUAUCUUUUCAGGCUAUAUGUAAUCUUGUAAGAAUAAUUAGAUGCGCACAACAUUUCCUUAAGGAUAUCACAAUCAUCCAAUUUAAUCAUUCACAUUGUUCUAUUUUUUUCUAAUCAAGUGUUGGAACAAGAUCUGCGGCUUCCACAGAACGCAACCUGAACAUACAAAUCCAAAACUCUUUAUUAUUCUAGUACAUUGGUGACCAAAAAUCAAGGUUACCCAUGUAUUUUCAGAGCUAUCUCUCCAAACAUGAUCUCACAAUAUUAUUAUUUUCCAGAAUAUUUAAGAUUGGUGACUCUCGGGUCAAACAAACUGCUGGGCUGAGGUCUAAAAGACCUAUUAUUCCAGUACAUUGGUGACCAAAAAUUAAGGGUUACCCAUGUAUUUUCAGAGCCAUCUCUCCAAAUGUUAUCUCACAAUAUUUUAUUUUUCCAGACUAUUUAAAAUUGGUGACUUGACUCUCGGGUCAAACAAACUGCUCAGCUGGGGUCUAAAAGAGUCUGCGCAUCCCUUAAAUCUUUAUCCAGUACCAUGGGAACGGGGAAUUACUCAGCUUAUGCUCCUCAAAAAGUGCAAGAACCCAGAAAUAGCCUUGUGUAAACCUUGGAUGAGUCAUAACUUACUGUGUGUCAGUUAGGAUAAAGGCUUUGACCCCUGUUAAGACUAAAUUAUAUCAACAAAUAUUCUACUCUCAUGCUUCUUCGAUAGACUGUGUCCUGUAGUUUUAACUUCACUGGUUACUCAAGUCUUAACUGUGUGGAUUUCACAGUCUAUAUCAGGGAAAAAAGUACUUUUUCUGUGUGCUGGCCAUUUGGCUCGAGCGGAUAUUUUGGAAAAGCUAAAAAGAGUGACUGUUUUAUUUGCAGUUUGGGCUCCAUCCACUGCUUCUGUUCAGACUACUAAUGACGACGCUAGAAAAGGGGCCAAACUUGCAUCUUUGUGAUGCUAAUGUUAGGAACUUGGCAAAGCAAUUACAACCUCAGUAAGAGAGCAGCUCGGGGGAAAGAUAGUUCAGUCUUGAACGUUUUCUUCUUCAAGUAUCUAUGCAUGUGUUUCUACAAGGGACGCACAGAUAUAUCCUCUUAAAUAAAUAUGGUCUAAUUUCCGAAAUGGAUGUGCAGUCAACCACUCCGCUUGAUUUGUUUAAUUCAAAUGUAUCCUGACCACACACAAUGUGCAAGACAUUUGAAUAUGCAGGAAAUGGUAAAAAGUAAAGUUGCAUUGUCACAAGUUAACAGUUAAUCCGCUCUCCCGUAUCAUCACAAAGUCACUCUUAUUAAAUGUCUUCUUAUUGGUAGAUAUCCAGUUAUCAAAUAAAACUAUCAAUCGAACGUAUCAAUAAAAGUGAGCUGUCAAGCUAGCCAACUGCCUAACUUUCUUUCUAACUGUAAAUCUUGACAGCUAUCUACCUCUUAAAUCGAUCAGUGUCGCUUUUUUGUCGGACUCAUAAACUUGCAAGUUAACUAACUAUCAAGUCUAUUGAUCUUUUCAGUGGUAUAGCUCUUUCUACAACUAUUUUGAUAUUAUCCUCCUUCUCCUGCAAUGUUUCUAUCAAUCUAGCCAGAUAAAAUGAUUUUCUAUCAGUAUAACAAGAUCGAUGAUGUAAAUGUGGUUAUAUAGGAUAAUCAAAAUGCUUAUAAACUGUAUUUUAAACUCGGCAGAUUUAGCCAUUUGUGUUUUCAAUUUUGAAGUUUCACAAUUUAUGAGGUUGAUACUUGUUUGUACUGUAGAAAUCGUACUCUAAAAUAUUGAGCUACUACUGUUGUCUCAACCACAAGCCCUUGUCAGUGUCUGUCAUCUAUGAUGUAGCAUUUACUUGCAGAUUCUUCUCGGUUCAUGGAAAAUGCAGUCGAAUGUAUCUUCUUGCAAAUUACAGCGUCGUCAAAGACUAAAUUUCAGAGCAACCUGAAAAUCAGAUAAGAUAUAUUCAAACAUGCAUUGUGGGGACUUGAGCAUUCUUUGGAAGAUAACAGAUGGCGUUCUUACCGCAGAGAUGGUCUGCAUGGGCAGCCAUGUGUCAAGUUCACAAGAGUUUAACAUGUGAUAUAGUUUAGAUAUGAAGUCAAAUAGUUAAAAAACCCCUUUUGUCUUUCCUUUCCAUUACGCAGUUUCAUAUCUCACAGAACCAAGUCAGUAGGCCUCAGGUAUUUGUCUAUUUCAAAUCAAAUGUGUCCAUAGAUGGUCUUAAAAUGAUUUCUGUGAGUGAGUGAAAUUUAUGCCUGGCUACGAUGUGGAGUUCAAUUUGGAACUAAGAUGUGGUAGAAACAGCGACUGGGGGGUUAUUGUCUGUGGUUAAGAACCUUAACCUUCUCUGACUGGAAUUCAAGAAAAAAAACAUGCAAAUGUGUGAACUAAUACAGCUAGAACUGCAUGUUGGAACAUGUUAAGAAACAGAUAUACUUGUCAUGCUAUGAAUUACGCAAUAAUUUGUGAAAAAUGAGUAAAGUGCCACUUAAGUUUGCAAAUUCACCUCAGGGAUGAUUGGUAAUAUUACUUGAAAUUUACGGUAAGUGUGUCUGAUAAUGGAUUACAGCAAAGUUUCCUGAUCUCAAGACAUGAAGCACAAUGCUAGUCACUCGAAUUGGUUUUUGUAUAAAUAAGACAUGAAGUUUGUUUGAUGCAGUCAACUUCACAUUAAUGAUUCACCUUUAGAGACUACAUGCACUUUUUAUUCAAGUGAAGAUAAAAAUGUUUCAUUUAUGUUCUGUGCAAAUGUAGGAAAUGGUUUGAGGCACAGUACCUUUAGUUAAACUCUCUUAUAGAUGAAAUAUCAAUAUGCAUGUUAAGCAUGUUAAAGACCUCUAUAGGGAUACAUAAAACAAAAAAAGGAGUUUAAAACUUGCGUGUUUGAUUUGAUGUCUAGAACACUCUACUUGUUUAGACUCGUAUAAUGAUUGUCAAAAAAAAAGGAAUUUGCUGUAUAAUAAGUGUUUGCAAAACAAAAAUUAAAUCACAUAAUAACCAAAGACGAGCUUAGAAAGAGAAUGAACACUGGUACACUGGGCUGAAGUAACACACUGGCCACUGGAACAUUUUGUGGUUUUACAGACAAGCAUGCAGAAGAGAGCAUCCUGUUUGCUAGCUGGACUACCUGCUGUGUGCUUGCGUGUGUAUGGAAAGUGUCAGCAAUGCCUCAUCAGUGCUUGAUGACACUGGUACAUAGCAGUGUAGUAUCUGAUGUGCAAUAGCAAGAGUAAUUGUUCACUGAACAAGGAGGUUGUGAAAUGAUAUCUUCGCUUCUAUCUUUUCCUCCACAUUUCACAAUUUAUUAACACACAACGGUGAGUUUGAACAAUAGCUGUCAAUGCAAAGCACUACAGACCAGUCUCCUCUUACAAAUUCACACAAGGUGUUUAAUGUCCACUGUAGGCUUGUAAACUGCAAAACCACAGAUGAUGCUGCUUGUGCACAAACAUUUAUCACUGGUGAAUCUCAAUUUGUUUUUCACAUACCAGAGCAAAUUUGACCAAUUUGCAUUUCUGCAACUGAAGCCUGCUGUGUGUUUUUUCAACCUCAGGAGGAACUUGACCAAGCUGUCCCUGCUGUUCAGUCACAUCCUCUGGGAGCUGAAGGCCAUGUUUCCUGGAGGUAGUUUUCAGGGUGACUCCUACAGGUUGACCAAGACAGAAGCUGAAGACUUUUGGAGGAAUUCAUUUGGCAACAAGUACGCAAAGGAAAAUUUUACUAAGACAUUUUUUUUAAUCAUAAACAUUUCUUGUCCUGAUAGUUUAUGUGUAUAUUUCCAAAAUCCCUCUGUGUGUCCUGACAGGUGUAUAGUGCAGUGGAGUAGUUUCAAAGAGAAGCUGCAGGGUGUACAUGCAUUUGAGGACAGCAUGGAGUCCAUGGCGCUGAAGUCAACUAUAGAUCUCACCUGUAACGAUCACAUCUCUGUGUUUGAGUUUGACAUCUUCACCAGACUGUUUCAGGUUAGAGAACUCUGAAUACUUAGAACAGUUCAAUGUCUUAGUUAUGUCCUUACUGGAAUCAGAAUAUGAAGACGGUUACUUCUCUCUAUACUUUAAAUAGUGUCUUUACACACCAAUCUGUUAGCCAAGAAAUGUUGGACUAAAAAUGGCACAAAAAAAAAUGGCAACAUGUUUCCAACAAGUCAAGCACAUUAUCACACAUAAACCACAACCUGCUACUGUCACACUCCAGUUUGCAAUACUGGUCAACAAACAAAAUAUGACACAUUCUUAAGUGUUGUUUUAACCUUCAGAUCCACCCAAACUAGAUUUUCAUCUUUGUUUUCAGUCUUUUGUGCUAUGAUGAACUAACUAGUUCCUGGCUGUAGCUUCAUCUUCAGCAAACAUGAAUCAGAGUGCUUUGUUUACCUCUAAAAACUAGAAUUUAAGUGGUGAAACAUGAUUAAUAUAAUCUUUGUUUUUCUGUCAUUUUAGCCCUGGAGGUCACUCAUUAGAAACUGGAAUCAGCUAGCUGUGACUCAUCCAGGAUACAUGGCCUUCCUCACCUAUGACCAGGUUGUAGCUCGUCUGGAACACUACCUCCAUAGACCAGGGAGGUAAGGGCAAGCCCAGCGACUAACAAACUGAUUCACCUCACAGAAAAAGGCAUCCACAUAAAUCAAAUCUCAAAAUAGCACUGUAGAGGCUGUGGAGUACCUCGGUAGAGAGGAAAGACACUUGAAGCACCAAAGACCGAAAACACUUUAUAAUAAAACAAGUAGGAUGAUAAUGAAAGUUUGCAAGUACUUUUCAUUUCCUUUCUGUGUUGUCGGCAUUUUUUUGUAACCCGUCAAACUUGAGUGAGUUGAAGAGACUUUGUUAUUUUCGUAUAAAGUAGGACCUGAUAAAAAUGUUCAAAGAGAGCAAUAACAUUUUUAUUCAGACAGUUUACAGUCUAAAAAUUACAGCUGUUUCACGAUUGUGAAGCGUUUUGCAGUAAUUAACUGCAUAAACUUCUGAACCAACCAUAUCAGAGACUCAUUUUCACCCCAAAAACCAGAAUUCACAUCGAUUUUCUUAGCCUUCAGUGUAAACAUACAUUCUUAGUUUAAAGGAUUUCUUUUCUUCCAGCUAUAUCUUUCGCCUGAGCUGCACCCGAAUGGGUCAGUGGGCUAUUGGUCAUGUGACCAAUGAGGGUAACAUCGUCCAGACAAUCCCCCAGAAUACACCUCUCUACUUGGCGCUCAUUGAGGGCUUCAAGGAAGGAUGGUGAGGAAGCAAACUCAGGUCACCGGCUAACUUUCUCUUCUGUUCGUGUCUUUACUAUAAGUGCUGUGUGUGUGUGUGUCUGUGUGCCUGCAGCUACUUGUACCCAGAUGGCCGUGAUGUGAACCCCGACCUGACAAGCUUAAGUGAGCCAGCCCAGAGGGGCAAAGUCAAAGUUUCAGAAGUAAGAGGAUGCACUUUGUACCUCUUUAUCAAUUUAUGAAACUGCCAGCAGCAUCCUCGAGGUAAAGACUAGGACAAAACAUAAAUCAUAUCCUGAAGUGUCCUCUUCUCUAAACAGGAGCAGUAUGAGCUCUACUGUGAUAUCGGCAGCACCUUCCAGCUGUGCAAAAUCUGUGCAGAGAGAGACAAGGACAUUCGUAUCCAGCCCUGUGGACAUCUCCUGUGCAGACCUUGCCUCAUAGGCUGGCAGGUAUGAGUGAGGCCCCACCUGCAUACUCUCUGAGGCACACAUGCAAAUCUUCCACCUCCCUGUGCGAUUGCAGACACACGGAAGCAAAACCGAGUGUUACGGUAACACUUGGUGGGUGUUCAGUGAGGCGAAACAGUGUUUCUUAAGCAAGUCAUUUAAUCAGCUCCAAAGUUUGGUUUAUGUCGUCGCUCCGCCAUUCGGAUCAAUGCUGGUUAUUUGAAUGUGGUUUGAGGUCAUGUCAAAAAUAUCUGUGGUGUUUAACUAAGCAUGCGACUAAUAUUUACAUGUCCCGUUAUCUAGAAAGAAAACAAAUCAUGGCCUUGGCAUGUUUGUGCAUUUCAAAACAGGAAAAUGUUUAAUUUUUGAUUAUCUUCCUACAGAAAAUACACUUGAAAUUUUAACUGACAUUAUUUGUCCUACUGGGACAAGCUUCCUGUUAUCAAAAAGUGAACUCAAAGUGAGUUUUGUUUUGGCUUACAUUUUCUCCUGCAGCUGGGUCUUCAGAAUUUCACGCUUCCUUUUUCGUCUGGGUUUCACUGAAAACAUCAAACUCAAAGCUAAAGUAGCUGCAGGCAAACUAAAGCCUCCUGCUUUAUUCCACCUAAACAGUCACCUCUCAUCUAAUGGGAGGGUUUAAAUCUGUAAAAAGGUGCCAAGUUCAAAAGUCCUGACAUUUGGCUGAAGACUUCCUGUUUAAGCUUAGGCUCACAUCCUCCCCAAUCUGCAUAAGACAAGUACGCUAUGAAAAGACGUGCGUGUGAGAGAGAGUGAAAGGGACAACAAAGAAAGAGAGGCAGACAGGAAAAGAAAAUUAGAUAUGCGUCGUGGACGUCAGACCACAAUGGAAAAGUUGUAAGUUAGAGUAGAUUGUGGUCAACCAGACUUCCUCAUCAAGUUUACAAUACAAGACAAUGGAAUGAUUAAAGUAUGAGGUAUCAAGUCUGUGAAUCAGCAAAGACAACCACAUACAUGCAACUGAACGUCAGCCGUGUGAACAAUGACUUUGUAGUUUAAAUCAAAGAUCACAUAUUAACAGAUGUUUAGUUAAAUUUCUGUACUUAGAAAUUUCUGUUUUGAUUUUUGAAGUCAAACCAGUGACAGAGGUUGCAAAUUAGCCAUGUUGAGAAACGUGUUUGCAUGGCAUCUACUUUGGAGCAACAAUUCAUCAAUCCUGUAUUCUCAAAAUAAAAGAAAAGUCCAAUUUUACAGCAACUGGUCUUCACUGUACUGAAGUUUAAAAAAGCAAAUUCAGAAUCACUUUUAAACUUAGUGUUUUCCGCCUUGAAAAUGUGUGCCUUUUCGCUUUAAAGACAAGGUUUAUUCACAACAUCUCAUCUUUACAUUCAUAAUGUGUGUCUGUUACUCUGCUCUGGCCUGUCCUCUAUAACUAUCCAGCACAAGUCAGCCGGCCACACCUGCCCGUACUGCCGCUGUGACAUCAGAGGAACAGAGCCCAUCCUCAUCGAACCCUACCUUCCAAGCAGCAGGCAGUGGGAGGAUGACAGUGAGGAAGAUGUGGAGGAGGAUGACCAUGAGGACAUUGAGCUGAUGGUAAAGGAGAUGGCUGCAAUGAGGAAGGUGGGUGGAAUAUUUUCACAUCUACAAAAUGAGAUUGCUCAAAAUUUAUGGAGAUGUUCAGGGUCCCCGAACAAUGAAUCAAAAUUUAUGACAUUCCUUUUCCAUCAGCAGCAAUAUGAAGCUGACAUUUUUUUGAUUUUGAGAGUAAUGACUAGACCAGUGAUUCCUGAGCGAUGAGGGGGGUGGACUCAUAAAUGCACACCUCUCUGCACGGCCAGCCAAGUAUGGCCAAUUAAAAGUACUGCCAAGCAAACACAGGGCUGAUAAUGACUCUACAUCAAAAGUCAAAACAACUAAAACAAAGAAAUGAAAUUAUGAUGAGUCAUUCCUCUCCCUUGGCUUCACCUCCACUAACAGCAGGCCGCCAACACAGUUACAAACUCUGGAAACUGCAUGCUGCAGUAUUCAUUUGGUAAGUGUGUUUUCCAUGUCAUGUAGCAGCAUCGGGUAGGCUACUUAAAGUUAUCCAGGCUAACGUUAGCCUGGCUGGGACGCUAGGAUAACGUUACUACUUACCGGGGUCGUCUGUGGUGGCACUGGCCCUGUGGUCGCGGAUGAAAAACUCUCAAUGGCCGCCAAAACUGCUCUGCCGGUGUGCUCGACCAAAGUGACACUAAAAACUCAUGUUACUCGUCAAAUAAAGUCUCUUCAAACGAGUUAUGUAGUUAUUAUCACAAUAAUUUAUGUCCAAGAGUCAAUUUCUUCGGAUAAGAUUGUUUUUUAUUCGUUAUUUCACACUACAAACAGACUCUUACCUCCUCCAGCUCUUAUUUUGGUACUUCCGGUUACCGGCAUUUUUAAUUUGCAUAUUAGCUAAAUAUUAAGUUUCACCGGAAACAUUUAGAUUUAACAUUUAGAUUAAGAUUUAACGUUAAAAUUUAGAUUUUACUAUAGAUUAAGAUAUAAUUUUUAGAUUUAGUAUUUAGAUUUAAUAUCUAACAUUGAGAUACAACAUUUAAUAUGUAGGUUUAACAUUUAGAUCUUGAUUUAAAAUUACAAACGAUUUAGAUUUAACAUUUAGAGUUAGAUUUAAGAUUUAGAUUUAGUAUUAAGAUUUAACAUUUAACCUUUAGGUGCAACAUUUCAUAUUUGGAUUUAACUAUUUAGUAUAUUUAAGUUCACAUAUUGUUGUAAAUGUGCAAAAAAGUGAGUUCCUGAAGCUAAAUAUAAAUACAAACUGUCGCUGUUAUUUUCAGCACGAGCAGCUUCACAAACGGCACCCCAUAGCAGGGGUGGGCAACAAUUAAAAACACAGGAAACUGCAUGCUCCUUUGUCAAAGAGGCUGGUUAGUUUAUCAGGUUCACUGUCACAGAGGUCAUGUCCUGUGUUCUUUGCAAUGCUACAAUAAAGAUAAAGUUAUUUGUAAAGGAUGUGUCUGAUAGUGUGGUUUAAUAUAUAAGGCCUUUAGUUUAUGUUUAUGUGUUUGUGUGUGAGGGCAAAUUUGAAACAAUAAAACUGCCUUGAUAGGUGCUGACAUCUUGCAUUACUUAAGCAAACCAUCUGUGAUUGGAUACAUGCAUUCAUCAUGUAUUCUGCCAAUCCUUAUCUUUAUAGUUUCCUCCCUGAAAGCUAGUGAAGUAUCCAACCCUUCUACAUCUUCUUUUGACAGUUCUCUAGUCUGGGAGUUCCUGGCGCUGGUGUUGUCGCCCCACCGCUGCCACCCAAAAGCUUGACUACCCUACCUUGUCCAUCUCCCCCCAGCCAAUCACAGGUAUCAGAAUCUAUGAUACCACCGAAAAACUCCAGCCCUUUUCUGGUAAGUUCUACUGACUCUUAAGUCUUCUGCAUAUUGUUGGUGUCAGGUGUCCAUUUGCCAAAUCCUCACAGACGCUUACCUCUAGGGAACAUAACCUACUCUGAAGUGAAUAUAGAUGGAGGCUGCACAAUCUUAGUACCUUGUUUUCUCUCUUCAGCAGACUCCCAGUGGAAAUGAAGCAGAAAGAAGGCACAAAAAACACACAAAUUCGAACAGGUGAGACACUCAUAGAAUACAAAGCAGAGCACUUUAGGUAGUGCUGUUGCUGUGCAGCCAUAAAACCUGAUAUGCCUUUAAGGUUUUACAAUUUGACUGUCACAGUGAUUUGUUCUUAAUGUACUGAGUUUAAUAAAAAAUUACAGUAUUUCAUAGUGAGUAUCAAACUCACUUGUUUUCUGAUUUUUAACAGUGCUGAACUCCUCGCAGAAGGAAUGCUUUCUUCUUCUCCAAAGGGUGAUGACAGUAAGUUAACCAUGCCUCAUCAUACUCAGUUUCCCAAAAUAAAUCAUAUUCCUAAACUUUAUGUUUAUAAUUUCUUUGAAAAGCUGAAGUGGAAUUAAUAAUGCAGUGAUGGCAGUCUUGAUAGGUAACGCAGUGCACAGCAGCUCCAAAUACUGAUAUUUGUGGCAUUUUUGAGAGUCUAGUUAAUUUUGGGUUUCCUACAUUUCAUAACAUGUAAGUCAAGCUUUCUCACUUUUGACCAAACAUUUGGUUAAUCAAAGAAGGGUUAGGGCUCUAAUGGUUUUAAUCAGACCAAAUUUAAUUCCAGUUUUUGCCUCUCCAAAUAUCUAUUCUUAAAAUCAAACACUAGCAUUUCAUAGCAGAGGCAGAGUUCAUGUAACAUGAAUGAUUAUCCAGAAUCUCUUUUUAACAGAAGCUUACUUGAUCUUUUUUACUUACUCACUGUGAAAUGUGAAGUCUAGUAUGACUUGUGUUGUGUUUGUGUGUAGGUGGAAUUGCAUGGCUCGGACCCUCCAGCCCCGCCAAACAAAGACGAAGAAAAAAAGAAAGGGAACAGGAACAGAGAGCAGGACUCAGAAAAGAUAAAUGCAGUUUGGGAGAGGUGACAAGGACAAUGUCUUCCUGA